AUGUCCGCAACAACCACGACUUCAGGUAAGUCUACUUUCGGAGUGGAAUUGGAGUUCCUCGCUGUCGUCGACGACAAUUGGCACUGCGCACCUCACCAAGCCAUCCAUGAGGUCCUUCGAGAACCGGUCUCGGUCCCAUGCCCUUUCAACUGCGAGGAGGGUGAACACAUCCUUCGACUGCCCAUCGAUGAUCGACCACCCUCAUUCUGGGAGUUCAAUCAGAACAAGAAUCCUUAUAACACUUGGGUGGUAGGUCGUGAUUGUUCCGUCAAACUCAAUGCUGACGAGAGACAGUUGCUGCCAGAUAGCCAUCUGAUUAGUGAUAUCGAAAUACCCUCUCGCAUCCUCGACUUCAAAAACCCUAGUCCUUGUCCACACGGUCAAGCCUACCCUUGCAAUGGCGCACCCGUUAUGUGGGCAUGGCAAAAUGAGAUCUCGAGCAUCAUCGACACUCUCAAACAAAAAUGCAACAGACCUGGUUGGAGAGUCUUUGUCAACGGAACUUGUGGUCUGCACGUCCAUAUCGGUCGUGAAAAGUUUGGAUUCAACCUCGAUACCACCAAAAACGUCAUGGCCAUGUUUACUGCUUUUGAGCGUUGCUUCGAUGCCAUACUCCCCGUCGAUCGCAUUUGUGGCUAUGAAAAUGACCACGCUCCUCUUCCUUCUCUGCAGCUGACUCCUUCUGCCAGAUCCUCAACUGUCCCCUGGACCGAGUCUCCUGGGAUCAAAUAUUCACUGCCUCACUCGGCCCGCCAAUACGAGCAUCUCGGUCACGAUCUGAUGAAUACUUAUGAAUCAGCCGACUUUCUCACCUGGAACACUUUGGUCAGGAACCCCAAUAUCCCCUACUGGCUGCACCUGCUCUACAACACUGAAUCGAUCAUGGCGCUCGGUGAGUACAGUACUUCUCACAUCUCAUGGGUCAAUCUCCAGCAUAUGGUCUACCGAGACAGCAAACCAACCAUCGAAAUCCGCUUGCACCCAGGAAGUCUGGAAGCCGAUGAGAUAAUUUCUUGGAUAGAUUUCCUCUGCAAUCUCUUCUUCUAUGCUGAAUCCACCCCUACAGACUCUGUUUCCGCGACUCUGAAUGCAAACUAUGCUAAUCCCGACUACACCAUCCUCGAUAUCUGCAGACUGGUCAACGCAUCUCCAGCUACUAUCGCUCACUACACUUCCUUCCUCUCAGGAACCUACCACACCACCUUCGCCUCCAACACUCUCUCUUCCCAACCCCCCGACGUCGUAACCCCCCUCCACACCUCUGUCCUCAGCACCUGCAGCAACCAACAUUCUCUUCCCGCCAUCUCUUCUCGUAUCCUCUCAAAACUAAUCUCAGGCCGCUACGGCCAAUUCCCUACUUCCUUCCUCAACAGUGUUUUGCCCGCUAAUGUGACCGCUGGUGCGAAUGCAGAUGCAUGGUGGUUGAAUGAUAUAAUGGACGCACAGGGUCAGGAAAGCUGGGAUCAAGAGUGUCAUAGAGCGGUGUCUAGGGCUGUCGCUAGAAAGAAUGGUGUACCUGGACAUGAGUUGGACAAUAUCUUUUGA